AUGGCGUUAGUGCGGGAGCCGAUGGUGACGUACGACGGCGGGUUCGACGCGCUCGUCUACGGUGGCCACGACGCGCUGCUCGGAGGCGUGGACACGACGGUGCUCUUCGGGGGCUACAACUACGCCCACGACGAGCCAGCCGGCGCCGCCGGCGCCUACGUGCCGGAGAGCGCGAGCUGGGCGGGCGCGGGGAUGUCCGUGCUCGCAUUCGACCGUGCCGCGCCCGCGCGAGGCCCCGGCGCCCAGGUAGUCGCGCAGGAGGAGGCGGACUGCGACGCGUGGAUGGACGCCAUGGACGAGGACCAGCACGCAGGGCCGGCGUCGACCAUAGGGUUCGAUCCAGCCACGGGCUGCUUCAGCCUGAUGCAGAGCUCCGGCGGCGCGGGGCGGCCGUUCGGGCUCCUGUUCCCGAGCACGUCCAACGGCUCGCCCGACGCCCCGGCGCCGGCGCGCGGUUCCUCGAAGCGAUCGUACGCGGCGCGCGUGCAGGAUGCGGAGCCGCGGGCCUCCAAGAAGCCGUGCGGCGCGCGCAGGAAGACGAGUAAGGCGAAGCCGGCGGCGCGCACCACCACCUCGCCCAAGGGGGACCCGCAAAGCCUCGCCGCAAAGAACCGACGGGAGAAGAUCAGCGAGCGGCUGCGGACACUGCAGGAGCUGGUUCCCAACGGCACCAAGGUCGACAUGGUCACCAUGCUCGAGAAGGCCGUCAGCUACGUCAAGUUCCUGCAGCUGCAAGUCAAGGUGCUGGCGACGGACGAGUUCUGGCCGGCGCAAGGGGGAACAGCGCCGGAAAUCUCCCAGGUGAAGGAGGCGCUGGACGCCAUCUUGUCGUCGCAGAGGGGGCAACUGGACUGA